UAAACAUUUUCAUUUUUAUUUACAUACUUGCAGGUGCCUUCUAUUGGGUGUUAGGAAAUUUCCAUCCCAAGUAUAGAUCAUGCCUAAAAAAUUUGAAUCUUUUGAUUCUUUGUCCAGUCAAGUGGAUUAAGAUGUAUGGUAUGGAUAAAGUCCUCAGGCCAUUCAUGAGUGACCUUGCUAUGCUUGAAUCAGAGCAUGGCGUACAACUCAAUAUAGCAAAUCAAAUUAUUCCAAUUAAAGGAACAUUAAGUGUAGUAGUUGCAGAUAACCUUGGUAGCAAUUCAAUUGGAGGUUUCAUGGAGAGUUUCAGUGCAAAUCGGCCGUGUAGGUUCUGUCUGGGCACAUCGGUGGAAUUUCAAGAAAGGUUUUCUGAAGAAUUAUUCACAAUGAGAUCCCGAGAAAAUUAUGCUAGGCAGGUGGAUUUGGUUUCCACUGAUCCAGAAUCAGCUUCUGUAUAUGGUGUGAAAAAGAACUCAGCCCUAAAUGCUUCUAAAUAUUUUCAUGUUGUUGAUGGACUUCCUUCUGAUAUCAUGCAUGAUAUCUUAGAAGGUGUACUUCCUUUCCAAAUUAAAGUGAUGUUGAGAAAAUUCAUCAUGGUGGAUAAAUUUUUCACACUUGAUCAGUUCAACCAUGCGCUUUCAGCAUUCCCAUAUGGUGUUUGUGACAUCAAGAACAAACCAAGCUUGGUAAAGAAUGUCAAUCUUAGUGAUUACCAUUUACGCCAAUCAGCAUCACAAAUGUGGUGUCUUUCUAGAAUCCUGCCAUUUUUGGUUCACAAAUGGAUACCAGAAGGAAAUGAUGACUGGGAAUUGUUCACUGAUUUAAUGCAUAUUGUUGAUAUAUUGUUUGCCCCAGUGAUUGAGAAAGGUACUACACUCUAUCUUCGGCUCAUAAUCAGCGAGUAUCUGGAACAGUUUAAAAGGCUCUAUCCUGAAAGGAAACUUAUUCCAAAACAGCAUUUCAUGGUUCAUUACCCAAACCAAAUUCUAAGAUAUGGACCCCUUGUGCGCAACUGGUGCAUGCGCUUUGAGGCUAAGCAUCAUUAUUUUAAGCUUUUGGCGCAGACUGUAGGUUGCUUCAAGAAUAUAGCAAAGACAUUAGCUACCAGGCACCAACGGCUUCAGUGUUACUGGCUUAGUGACAGUGAUGGCUAUUUAAGGAGUGAUACUGAGGUUGGACCAGGUUAGUGAACAACAAAAGUGCAUACUGGAUAUUAGCUGGAAUUUUGUAAUGGUUUUUAGGAUGUUAAAUGUUGUUAUAAGUAUCCUUUUAUUCUACUUCAUGUAUUUAUUAAUAUUCUGCUUAG